AUGUCGGACUCCCCUCAGAACGGCGGGCUGCCCUCCCACCCCAAGCCGGCAACUGAUUCGGGCGUUGGCACGCCAACGGGCUUCCAGCGUCCCCUGAACAAGCAGCUGGAUAGCGUUGUGCGCACUCCAGGCCGCCAGCCGUCCCCCCAGCCCACCCAUCUCGGUAUCCCGGGAGGCACUCACCGUGUCCUGGCCGAGCAAGGCCCCGGCUACGUGGCAGCCAAGUUCGAAGGCAAAGAGGCACAGAUGGUUGCUGUGUCCGAGCAAUUGGAGAACAAUGGCUUCAUUCCAUACGAAUUCGUCGCCUCCGAGACAAAUUGGUUCUACAACCUGCUCGGAAUCGACGACAUGUACUUCCAGACCGAGACCGUCGAAGUUAUUGCCAGCCACAUCCUCUCCCUUUAUGCUGCCAAAGUGGCUGCCUACGCCCGUGACGACAAGCGGCUAGAGAUCAGACUCGACAAGGAGGCCGAGGACCACGCCGUCUACAUCGACACCAGCAGGCCCGGCGUUACUACCACUGACGGCCCCCGCUACGAGCAGCGUAUCGACGAGAAGUACAUCAACGGAGCCACGGCUACCGACAGCUUCCGUGUCGAGACCUUCCGCUCUUCCAGCCCACUUCCAGACAACAGCGAGCAGCAGCUGCGUUGCUACUUUGUCUACAAGUGUCAAUUCGCCAACCCCAACCCCGAUCCUGAGGAGACCAACAUUGAGAUCGUCGGUGACAAGCUCUUCCUGCAGAAGGCUACUGAAAACACCAAGGCGAUCUACCAGGAACUCCUUAUCAAUGCCGUUGCUCGCUCCGGCCCCGUCAUCAAGAUGUUCGAGAUUGAAGGCAGCCGCGAGAAGAGACUCGUCAUUGCUUACCGCCAGGGCUCUGCUAUGGGCUUCUUCUCUGCCCUCUCGGAUCUGUACCACUACUACCGCCUCACCAGCUCCCGCAAAUACCUCGAGAAUUUCUCCAACGGCAUUACUAUUGUGUCUCUCUACCUCCGCCCCACUCCUGGCUACGAGAACUCUAGCAGACACCCCCCAAUUGAGGCUGCUGUCCACCAGAUCCUCAAGGAAAUCUCCCUCCUCUACUGUAUCCCCCAGAACAAGUUCCAGGGCCACUUCAUCAGCGGCCGUCUGAGCUUGCAGGAGACCAUCUAUGCUCACUGCGUCUGGGUCUUCGUACAGCAGUUCCUCAACCGUCUUGGCUCAGAGUACACUUCGCUUGCCGCCAUUUUGGACUCGAACAACAGUGCUCACGCCGAGCUGCUUUCCAAGCUUAAGAAACGUCUCCGUUCCGAGACUUUCACCUCCGACUACAUCCUCGAGAUCAUCCAGAAGUAUCCCGAUCUCAUUCACAGACUCUACCUCAACUUCGCCAACACUCACUACGUCCAGACCAGAGGCGAGGCUCAGGAUGAUUUCCUCCCAACCCUCAGUUACCUUCGUCUGCAGGUCGACGAGGUUCUUAACGCCGAGCAGCUCAAGGACCUCGUCUCCAAGACCGUCGUCAGCGAGAACGACAGAAUGGUCAUGCAGUCCUUCCUCACCUUUAAUGCCGCCGUUCUUAAGACCAACUUCUACACCCCCACCAAGGUCGCUCUCAGCUUCCGUCUCAGCGCGGACUUCCUCCCCAAGCACGAAUACCCAGACCCUCUGUAUGGCAUGUUCAUCAUCAUCAGCUCCGAGUUCCGUGGCUUCCACCUCAGAUUCCGAGAUAUCGCCCGUGGUGGUAUCCGUAUCGUCAAGUCCCGCGACAAGGAGGCUUAUGCCAUCAACGCCCGCUCCUUGUUCGAUGAGAACUACAACCUCGCCAACACUCAGCAGCGCAAGAACAAGGAUAUCCCAGAAGGCGGUGCCAAGGGUGUCCUGCUUCUAGAUGUCAACCACCAGGACAAGGUGGCCGUCGCUUUCCACAAGUACAUCGACAGUAUCCUUGAUCUCCUCCUUCCCCCAGCCAGCCCUGGAAUCAAGGAUCCCAUCGUCGACCUCCACGGUCAGGACGAGAUCCUUUUCAUGGGCCCCGACGAGAACUCUGCUCCUCUUGUCAACUGGGCCACCGAGCACGCUCGCAAGCGUGGUGCUCCAUGGUGGAAGUCCUUCUUUACUGGAAAGAGCCCUAAGCUUGGUGGUAUCCCCCACGACCGUUUCGCUAUGACCACCUUGUCUGUGCGUGAAAACGUUGAGGGUAUCUACCGCAAGAUGGGCAUUGACCAGACCAAGGUCCGUAUGUUCCAGACUGGUGGCCCUGACGGAGAUCUUGGCUCCAACGGUAUCUUGCUCGGAAAGGAGCAAUACGUUGCCAUUGUUGAUGGAUCUGGUGUUCUCGCUGAUCCUAACGGCCUCGACCGUGAGGAGCUCACUCGCCUUGCUCGCAGCAGGAAGAUGAUUUGCGAGUACGACGUUUCUAAGCUGUCCAAGGACGGAUAUCGUGUUCUUUGCGACGACAGCAACGUCACUCUCCCAUCCGGCGAGGUCGUUAACAACGGUACCGCAUUCCGCAACACUUACCACCUUCGCCCAGGUAAUUACGACAUCUUCGUUCCCUGCGGUGGUCGUCCGGAGUCCAUCAAUCUCAACAACGUUUCUAGCCUCAUUGUUGAUGGCAAGUCCGUUGUUCCAUUCAUCGUUGAGGGCGCCAACCUUUUCGUCACCCAGGACUCUAAGAUCCGUCUCGAGAAGGCUGGAUGUGUCAUCUACAAGGACGCUUCCUCCAACAAGGGUGGUGUCACCUCCUCCUCCCUCGAAGUCCUUGCUUCCCUCUCCUUCGAUGACGCCGGCUUCACAGAACACAUGUGUGUCGCAAAGGAUGGAACCCCACCACCAUUCUACGACGCCUACGUCCGCGAGGUCCAGGAGACCAUUAAGCGCAAUGCUCGCUUGGAGUUCGAAGCUAUCUGGAGGGAGAACGAGCGCACCGGCGUUCCCCGCAGUGUGCUCAGUGACACUCUCAGUGUAGCCAUCACCCAGCUUGAUGAGGAAUUGCAGAAGUCUGAGCUCUGGGAUAACAUUCCUCUCCGCAAGGCUACUCUCAAGGAUGCUCUUCCCAAGCUUCUCAUUGAGAAGAUUGGUUUGGAGACUCUUUUGGAGCGUAUUCCCGACAACUACCUCAGAUCCAUCUUCGGCAGCUACCUUGCUAGCCGCUUCGUGUAUGAAUACGGCCCCAACCCCAGCCAGUUUGCCUUCUUCGACUUCAUGGGCAAGCGUAUGCCAAAGGAGGAGAUCUAG